AUGCGCCCAGCCGUCUCCACGUUUGCCGAUCAUGUCGCCAAAUACCGUGACGCCCUCUUCCUGCUCGCUCCUCCGCUCUAUAUCGUCCUCACGGCUCUCGCCGCCGUCCACACGCCCACCCACCACUCGCUGCUCGUAACCGCAAUCUCCUGGCUGACACUAUGCGUGCCCGUCGUCUUCUGGGUCGGCAUCUACUCCAACGCCAGCCGCGCACAGAGAAAGGCCGCCUGGCUGGCCGGCGCACUUUUGGGCCUCUCAGCAAUAUGCGACCGCGUGGCGUGCGACAAGCAGGGCAUCUGGGCAACAAAGGCUCUCCUGCUCUUCUUCACAAAUGUCUUCGCCGACAGUGAGCUGCUCGCCAAGCGCCUCGCACUGCCCACCUACACGCUUCCCGAGGACCAUGCGACGGAGAAAAGACUCCCUGUGGAAGGGUCGGGCCACAUAGACCGGUUUGGGACUUUGAUUGUCCUGACCGUCUGCGCGAGCGGCGCUUUGGGCGUCUACACUCUACCUGCUACCUUUAUGCUGGGACUCAGUAGUGCUGUCUUUGCGGCCGUUGGUCUCAUUACGUUCAAAUCCGUCGUCAUGGCGGCGGCGGCGGACGAGGGCGAAGAUACCAAGCGCAGGCCCAUGCCGGGGGCUGCUGAACUUCGCGCUUCGAUAGUGGGCAUUGCAAAAGCACAGCGACUGGCUGCGCUGAGAGACGUCGCCAUGGCCAUUGCGGUCGUCUGCGGUGUCGGAUCUGUUCUUAUGGAGUCCUCCUUGACUGCGAGUAGCAUUACAUGGGAACCCAUGUACCGGGACUACAACCGGGAGUGGAGAGACGUACACAACUUCCGCAUUCUCCAGCGCUUCUUGUGGAUGCUGCCUGUGAAUGCGGCUGGAAACCUUUUUACUUUCAUCUUGCUCUACUUGACGAGUGCUGGACAUGUCACUCUAGCAACUGUAUUCGCGCUCCUCGGAGUGAAAUUGUUCUCCGCGCCAUCGUUUUCCAUUGUCUUGUUCAUUCUCAUAUUCGGCUCAACCGCCUUGGUCUAUCUGCUAGAGAAGCUCUCGAGAGAGGCAGGCGAAAUGCGACGUUCUAGGGGAUUGAAAAUCGUCGCCAUUCUCGCUACUGUGGCUACGGUUGGGAGUUUACUGUUCGGACGCUUUAGUACACCGCAAACGAAGCCCGUUAAACCCGACGGAUUUCUCCUUCCGCCCGAAGCUGCUUCCGGGACGCCUUUGGGCCCAGUACCGAUGGAUAUGACCAAAGGGCACCCGGCUGCUCAGCUGAUCAGUGCAGCAGAAGCAGAUUUUCAAAGAACUCUUGAUCGACAGUCUAAAUCGCUAGCUGAAGCCGUCUCGGAAUACCGGCGUAGGUACGGGAUACCGCCACCUCCACGCUUUGACAAGUGGUACGAGUUUGCUAGGCGGAAUGGCGUCGUAAUGGUGGACGAAUAUGACAUGAUCAAUGAGAUGCUGCUCCCGUUCUGGGCACUGAAACCAGCAACAAUCCGGUCACGCAUUGCGAACGCGCUGGGUCAUGAAGACAGUUCACUGCUGGCUGUUGCAAUAAGACAUGGGGCAGUGGAAAACUACCAAAAUGGCGAGGAGUGGCAGCAGCAAGCCACCGUCGGCAUGAUGAAGAAUUUCGUCCAGUAUCUGCCCGACAUGGACCUGGGCUUCAACUUGCACGACGAACCACGAGUGGUUGUGCCCAACAACCUGCUUUCCUCGAUGAUUGCCAAGGCAAGAGAUGAAGUCCUUCCACGUUCUGCAAAGAAUUCCUCGCCUCGCAACGCUUUCUCUACCCGCCCGGCGGAUUUGAACGAUGGUACCCGCUUCGUUGAAAGCAGCACCACAAAAUUUAAUCGGUUUGCACAUCAACAGACCUGGACUCACUCCAGACUAUCAUGUCCUGCGGACUCGCAAGCUCAGACGUUUGAAGACUACGCUGCCGACAAUCGCAAAGCGUAUGCUGCCAGCGAUCUUGGCUUCAUUUACAACAUAACCGCCUUCUCCGACAUUUGCAACUCACCCUCGCUUUCCUCGACAUAUGGGUUCUUCGAACGUCCCAACGCCUUCAACAUCAUUCACGAGCUUACACCCGUGUUUUCGCAAUCCAAGAUUUCCAGCUUUCAAGACAUUCUGUAUCCUAGUCCAUGGUACUGGAUGGGCAAGGUAGGCUAUGAUGAAACGCGUGACACGACCUGGGAGAACAAGACAAACAGUCUCUACUGGCGCGGCUCCACAACAGGGGGCUUCAGUCGCAACGGCGGCUGGAGACGCCAACACCGCCAACAUGUUGUCCGGCGUCUCAAUGCGCCCGAUACAGCCCAGAUCCUUGAACCAGUUCGCAGCACGUCCAAAUCAAACGCCGGUAUCACCAACUACACCAUCGCCGAGGUUGAGCGCCGGGCUCUCAAGGGCCUAAUCGACGUACAUUUCUCCCACAUUGGGCAAUGCGACCCGGGCGACUGCGACGCGCAGGAAGAAUUCUUCAAAGUCACGGAGCGCGUCGACGGCCAAGAUGCAUGGUACUACAAGCAUCUCCUCGACAUGGACGGCAACGCCUUUUCCGGCCGCUUCUACAGCUUCCUCAAGAGCCGCAGCCUCACGUACAAAAUGGCGCUUUUCCGCGAGUGGCACGCAGAAUGGCUCAAGCCCUGGGUCCACUACAUCCCGCUCAGUCUCCGCGGCGACGAACACCUCGACCUCGUCCGCUGGUUCAGCGGCACCAAAGUCUCGGAUGCAGACGGCGACGCCAAACUCGAUCAUAGCGACGCCGAUGGCGGAAAGCGCGGCGGCAACGGCAAUACAGAGGGCGAGAUCAAGGCGCGCGAGAUUGCGAGUAGGAGCACCGAGUGGCACAACAAGGUGUUGCGGAACGUCGACUUUGAAGCGUGGUUUUUUAGACUCCUGCUCGAGUAUGGCAGGGUUGUGGAUGAUCAUAGAGAGGAAAUUGGUUUCGCGGGGCCGUAGGAAUAUGGAAUGUGUAUUUCUUUUUCUUCUUUCUUUCUUCUACUUAUACAUUUCUGUUUUCUUUUCUUCUUUCUUGAUUUCUUUUCCUAUUUUCUUUGUCGUUGGUUCUUUGAGCAUGGGAGUAGGCGUGGGAGUAGCAGUAGGAGAUAGCUAAGAUGCAUAGAGAGAGAGCGGAAUAUAUGUGUGAGUUUGUUGGGGAGGGGGGGGGGAUAAAUGUAUAUAUCAAAGAGCAUUUGGCAGUGGAAAGAAAAAAAAAGAACAAG